AGUAACGGGCGGCCACUCGUGCUGCCGUCUCGAUUUCGUUUUGCUGCGGCCGCGACAGCGAUCAAUCGAGCCGGUGAAGGGUAAUGCGAGAAGCGUUUCGCACUCUUUUGAAUUUCUCAAAGGAAUCUGCGGACAGCCCGACGAUUGCAAACGAGCAGAGUAACGCGGACAGUCAAUGACGAGACAGCCGGAAAGCAUUCGAGGAUCACGCGGGCACCAGCUCCCACGAUUCGAGCGUCGAAGAGAUCGCGAGCUCCGUGAAGUUCGUGAAUCGCGAAAGGAAAAUCCAGAAUCGUCGAGAAUUUAUUCGAGACGGUGUCGCGAAAGAACGAAGAUUGUUUCGAGAAUUCGGCAGGAAGCAAUCUCGGCUAUUAAUCUCGUUACUUGGAAAUCUCUCUUACUUGGAGAUAUUGAGAUUCGAGGGGUAGUUUAGACAGCCAGGCGAUAAGGAGCGCAAAUAUUUGCUGUGUCCCGACUAUGCGCCGGCGUCUCGUGGAUACUAGGACGCCGAGAUCGUCGUCGUCGUCGUCGUCGUCGGUGAUCGAGCGCGGCGUCCUCGCGGCAACGGGGCGCGAGACGUGACUCCGUUUAUACGCAUCAGCUGAUCCGGCGAGGCCGCGACGGAUAAAGGAGAUCCACAAUGGCUCUAGUAAUGUUACCAUGUGAUUUGCCUUGGUGGCCGGCUGUUGUAAAGCAAUUAGACAAAGCUGCCUUGGCCAAGAAUUCCGAGGACCUAAUAGACGCGAUGCAACGAUUACAUGACAUGUGCAAUAUAAGCCUCGAUCCCGAGGAAGACGUGCAAGACUCCAACCUGUUCUCCAAGUUGGCGACUUUCCUAGAUAAAGACCUUGAUCUAGCAGAAAGAGAGCAGGUGUUCACGAAGACAAUACCGCAGAUGGUGGAAAGGGCGAAGGCCUUAAAGUUUACUAAACCUCCACAAGGUCUACACUUUAGUCUCCAACAGCAAGGUGAUAGCGUCGAAUACACUUACGCUUUCGUCUCCUCCUUAAUUGCAAACGCGUUCUUCUCAACGUACCCAAAAAGAACCGCGAAGACUCACCCCACGUUGCGCGAUUUCAACUUUACAAACUUCUUCAGGCAUCUUCACAAAAACGCACAGAAAGCCAAACUCAAAAGCAUUUUUCAUUAUUAUAAUUAUCUCGAGAUGGAACAAGCACUCGACGGUCGUCUGAUCAUUUCUAGACAGGUAAUGACGUCUAAACAAUGGUUGACCAUCGAAGAUUGGCUGGAAAGUAACACACCUCUGUGUCCGUUGACGAUACGUCACGAGGGUCGGCUGGAGAGAAUCGAGACAGAAUGCAAAGUACUGCAAGUUUGCUUCGCGAACGCUAAAAUCGGUGGCGGAGUGCUCGAUGACGAUGUCACGCAGGAGACUGUACAUGUGGCGACGCAUCCGGAGAUGCUCGCCGCGAUACUAUCCGUCGAGGCCUUAGAAGACAACGAAGUACUAAUAAUCGAGGGUGUGAGACACAUGUCGAGAAUAAACGAUCCGCGGCACAAGGCGAUCUUUGAGGGUAUCUCGAAGCCGAACGUGGUAACGGUGUGCUGCAUAGACCCCGAGGACUAUUCGCGGUUGCCGCUUACGCAGUUCGAGGAAGACAACAUCCUGCGGGAGAUGAACAAAUCGCUGCUGGGCUUUCGCCAGAGGCACGUGCCCGGUAGCCCGACCGAUCCAAUUAAGACGGAUUCAGAGACGGAAAUUGGUUUGGGUUCGCGCAGAUUGUCGCCGAUCGGCGAGAGUUUUAGCAGCACCCCGCCGGAAACGGAAGGCGAGGACAAAGUUUUCGCGGCGAGCAGUAAUUCCAAGAUAGAUAAGCAGCCUCCGCACGAUGAGUGCUGCAAAUUAGAGAGCGCGGCGGAAAUGCGCACCAGGCCUAAUGGUAAAUCAAUGAGGCCACCAAGCCCUCACAAAGUAUGCAAGGAUGCGAGCUGUACGAAUCGCAGGAAUCGAUUCAUCGUGCUCGGGUCGAGCGGUGAGGUUCUGCCAGUGACACGGAAGUCGCUCGGCCAGAUGUCAGUCUACAGCAGUUGCAACAGUCAAAGUACAGACAGUUUUCACAGCGCCAAAGAAACGAUCGAUGAAGAACCUGAGGAAGAGGAAAAGCUCACGAAACUCUAUAGCGCACAAUUAGAUACACCUGAGCGAAGAGGAACUUUUGCGCAGCGGCUGAAAGACGCUUUGAAGCGGGAGAGCACGGCGACCGGGGCGACUUCGUCGAACACCUCUUCCGGUGAGAGCAGUUACGCCGUUGGUAUAAGUGUCAGCGGUAGCCAUGUCGGUGAUCAAGAUAUCAAGGUGAGAAGAGGCGGCUCGAGGGGUUUUGUCUUGCGAGACGAGACAGUGGAUGAGGAGUUCCUGAAGGAAUCUCUGGAGGCCGAGCAAAAGUGGCUGGGCCGAUUCCGGCAGAGUCAAGGACCCAUGUUUCAACGGAAGGACACAAGUGCGAGUAGCAAGUAUAGUUUUAGCACAGAGUACAAUUCUGAUUUCUGUUCCGAGCUGGAGGAGGUUUACGAGCAAUUGUCAAAGUGGUUGGAGGAUCCGAUAGUGACGGACGAGAGUCGGGAACUAGACGCGAGAGACCGGGCCGUCGUACGAUUCGCCGGUUCGCUCCUGAAGCGCGCGUUGAGCGAGUCAUUUGCCGGCGUGCCGGUUCAGGAGGGCGAGCCGCAGCCGUUCAUCGACACGAACGACGUGAAUCAACAACACAAACUGGCUCUAGCUGUCAGGAGUCUCAGCUUGGAGCUCGCCCGACAGAAAAACCGAAGACAGCAAUCGGUGUCUGAGUUGGAAGAUGUAGAUCUUUACGAGGAUGCCUCAAGCGAGAUGGUAAGAGAAACUAAGGAUGUCCAACAUAGGAAACUUUGGGCUGUCACAUUCACGUCGGAAGUGUUUCAAACAUUGGUCGAUGAUCAAACGAUCGUGCGCCUGUCUACGCCGCCUGUGCUCGAGUCAAGCCGAACGGCAAACGAGUGUAAAUCGCGCGAAGUGAACACGCUCGGUGUUCUGGAGUUGCCUCGCGAGAACAGUCCUCAGGGGGGAGGUUUACUGCCGGUAGCCACCGGUAACUGGGGAUGCGGAACUAGAUUCAAGGGUAAUCCGCAAUUGAAACUCGUUAUUCAAUGGCUUGCUUCUUCCCUCGCGGGCGCGCCAAGACUAAUCUAUUACACUUCCGGCAAUCCUAGUCUGUCUAAGUUAGACACGGUGACCAGAGUUCUGAUGGACAGACGUUGGUCGGUGGGCGAUCUGGCCGCCGCGACGCUAAGGUACGCCGUGCAGACGAUUGAAGAGCGGGUAGAAGGCAAGAACACCCUCUUCGAGGAGAUUAUUGGUAUGGACAAACCGAGUCCUUAGCCCGACACGAUGCUGUCCGUUUUGGUGGACGUGCUAGCCACCAUGAUCGAGGACAGCCUAUUGAAAACUUAAUAUAUCAGUAUAUACUCCCUUCGCGGAAAAACGCAGAAACAAAAGAAGAAAAAGCAAACGGGUAUUUAAUUGUAGUUAAACACAAAAUCGAGAAUUAAUUCUAAUCUAUGCAAGUUGUUUUAGAAAUGUAUUAUACGAGUUUCAUCGAUUUAUUUUCUGUUCGAAAGUCGUCUUGUCUAGCAUAUCAAAAUAAUAUCAGGCAAACUCGCACAAUUCGUAGUACAAGGCAAUAUAUCAAAGUGAUUAAAAGAAAAAGAAUGUAGUAGCUGCGAUAUUUUUUAGCUUGUAAUGCAGUUGUAUCACGCUGUCGAAUCAGGUUGUAUUAGAAGCGUCACUCGUUACAUUUCUAAGAAACAUUGUGAAAGAAAACAAUAGCAUCGUAUAUCGGAAGUUCACUUGUCGUUCAUGUCACGCUAUCAUAAGUCAGCGUGAAUUCUUUGCAUUUUCACGCGAUAACGGUCUAGUCAUGUAUGAGAAGUCAAUUCUGGUUUUAUUUCGUAUGAAACGAGUAACUGAAACACAGUUACAUGCAAUAACUAAUGAGGCACAAUAUACUAAACUAUAUUUUGUACUAAAUAAUAUUUAUAAGUCGUUCUAUAUAUAUAUUUAAUUUUAAGUCGAGAACAUACAUACAUACACACACAUACCACAUACACAUUCUUACACACAUACAUACGUACAUGUAAUAUGCAAAUAGAUUUUUAGAGGAAAACUUUUAGUAUUUUAUAAUAAAAUAUUGUGUAAUAGAACAUUUUUUUAUAAAGAUAAAACAUAUAUAUGUAAGUCGCUUCUAUAAAAUCGUAACUUUGGAAAUAGAUUAAUGUGGCCUACAAAGGAUAAAAAAUACGUUUGGUAGCAUGUAAAUCAAUUAAAAUGAGGUCUUCCAUUAUUAAAAAGAAACAUGUGAAA